GGGCGGGCGCGGGCCGGAGCGCGCAGGCGCGGUGUCGGCGCUGGCGAGUCGCGCCCGGGAUGUAGAGCGGCGGGGCUGACGGCGCGGCUGACGCGAACGGGCGGCGGCGAGCGGGGGGCGGCAGCGGCGGCAGAUCGUGCACCCAUGGCGCCCAAGCAGGACCCGAAGCCCAAGUUCCAGGAGGGGGAGCGAGUGCUGUGCUUCCACGGGCCUCUCCUUUACGAAGCAAAGUGUGUAAAGGUUGCCAUAAAGGACAAACAAGUGAAAUACUUUAUACAUUACAGUGGUUGGAAUAAAAAAAGUGCUGUGAGGCGCAGGCGCUCUGAACACACUCUGAAGACACGUGGCGAUAUUGUAGUCCUUUUUCCUGUUCCUGAAGGAGCUCCCUCAGUACACCACCCCCUCCUGACCUCUAGCUGGGACGAGUGGGUGCCGGAAAGCAGAGUGCUCAAGUAUGUGGACACCAACCUGCAGAAGCAGCGGGAGCUCCAGAAAGCCAACCAGGAGCAGUAUGCGGAGGGGAAGAUGAGAGGGGCAGCCCCCGGAAAGAAGACGUCUGGUCUACAGCAGAAGAAUGUGGAAGUGAAAACAAAAAAGAACAAACAGAAAACUCCAGGAAACGGAGAUGGUGGCAGUACCAGUGAGAUGCCUCAGCCUCCCCGGAAGAAAAGGGCUCGGGUGGACCCUACUGUUGAAAAUGAGGAGACCUUCAUGAGCAGAGUGGAAGUGAAAGUGAAGAUUCCCGAAGAGCUCAAACCUUGGCUGGUUGACGACUGGGACUUGAUUACUCGACAAAAACAGCUUUUCUAUCUUCCUGCCAAGAAGAACGUGGACUCCAUUCUGGAAGACUAUGCCAACUACAAGAAGUCUCGAGGGAACACAGACAAUAAAGAGUACGCCGUCAAUGAGGUCGUGGCCGGCAUCAAAGAAUACUUCAACGUGAUGCUGGGCACGCAGCUGCUCUACAAGUUUGAGAGGCCGCAGUACGCCGAGAUCCUGGCGGAUCACCCUGACGCGCCCAUGUCCCAGGUGUACGGAGCACCGCACCUGCUGAGACUGUUCGUGCGCAUCGGAGCGAUGUUGGCCUACACACCCCUCGAUGAGAAAAGCCUGGCAUUGUUACUGAAUUAUCUCCACGAUUUUCUAAAGUACCUGGCGAAGAACUCGGCGACGCUGUUCAGCGCCAGCGACUACGAAGUGGCCCCUCCCGAAUACCACCGGAAGGCGGUGUAGGCGGCGCGGUGCAGGCGGCGCGGCGUGUGGGAUCCCCGUCCGUGCGUCCCGUUCCCAGUCUUCUCUUGUACAAACGACGUACUCUGGACAUGUUAGUGUGUAACAGAUUUGCUGUUUGUUUCCUGAGGAGUCGGAGCUCCUUUCUCUUCAUUUCAAGGUCGCUGCCAGUGUGUUCAGUGCCAGACGACGGAGAGACGUGCGGCAGUGUGUCCUUGCCUAGUUGACGAAGCUGCUCCCCAGAGCUGGCAGCUCUUCCCUUUGACACUGCGCACUUUCCUAGUACGUGUUGACGCUCUCUGACAAACGCUGACUGCUAGUGCCAAAGGCCCACUGGAGUGUGUGAACCGAACACGCGCCGUUCGUGCUCCUCUUCCCUGGUGCUUCACGUGAAGAGCCCGCCCUGCAGCUGUCCCCGCUGUGUCUUAGACACCUUACCUGCCCUGCUCACGCUGUGGGAGAUCGGUGGCUUGUUUCCAUGGUUUUGUAUUUGUGUCGAAUGCACGUUUUAACAUAAUAGACGCAAUGCAUUGUGUAGCUACGGUUUUCUGGAAAAGUCAAUCUUUUAGGAAUUGUUUUUCAGAUCUUCAAUAAAUUUUUCUUUAAGUUUCAGAAAGGCAG